CGCACAUUCUAUAAACAAACUGAAAAGAUCACAUUGAAAAAUGAUUGGGUGGAUGAUGAUUGCAUAUUGAUUGCAAGUGAAGAGGAGCACGGUGAUAGUGAGGAACUCUCACCAAAAGUUACACUGACCAGUUGUUUUCAAAACCUGCACACACAAAAGGGGGAUUCACUAGAGGGCGCAGCUAAACGGGACUAUGUUAUAAAACGAUUAAGCGAAGCAUAUGCAAAGCCACAAUAAGCUGAUGAUACCUUAGAAACAUUAAACAUACUACUAAUAAUGUGUAUGAGAGAAUGCAAACUGCGACAAAAUGUGAUGCGACUGUAGAAAGAAAAAACGGCAUGAGAUUAUUUCUGUAGCUUCUGUCUUAAUUUAAUAUGCAGCUUCGUUGUUAGGAGUCAACUAUGAAUUACAUGAUAUACAUAUACUAGUAGCUCGAAUUUAAGUGUGUAAUAUACGAGAAUAUUGUAAAACGUGAAUACGUGGAGCUGCAGCAUAUGUUACGUUUGUACAUAGUUGCCAUUUGAAUGUAUCUACCUUUAUAUUUAUUAUAUAAGCAGGCACUUUUAUUUUUAACAAUUUAAAAUAAAACAAAAAAAAGCGUUCGUUGAAUUUCAUGCGGUAUUUAGUUGCAAUACCUUUAAUUUAGUUUUUUUUUUCUUUCUUAUAUUGAAUUUAAUUUUUGCCAAUAAUGUAAGUAUUCUUACUUUCUGAAUUUUGCAAUAAAUCUGAGAGAAUAAAUAUAAAACAUUGGUAAUAAUUGGCAUUGAAACGGAUUUGUUUUAUUUACAAUUAUUGUUAAAAAUUAGUUUUUUAUUAUAUAGUUGAUCGCGUCGUGUGCUGGGUUUGGGAUAUGUAGAAAAACUGGGUGUAAAAAAGCGGUGGACAUAAAUAGAAAAAUUAAACUACAAUUUUAAAAUUUGGUAUACAAGCUUUUUGAGGGCCUUGACUGACAAACGUCACUUGCUGAAAAUGGUCGAGAUGGGCUAAGACUACGAUCCUACAAGCCGCCACCUAUCACACACGGGGGUUAAGGCUUUUAUAAAUAAGGCGUGCAAUAACAAACAUAACGCAGUACUGAAUUUAAACAGCUUUUUAGACCACUAAGAAAAUGUUAUAGAAAAAUUUUAUAUUUUGGCGUAAAACUGAAGAUUUUAAUGUGAUUUUAAAUGGGUUAGUGCUAACAACUUUUAAUCGCUAAUGCAUAGAUAAUGAAAUGUAGGGUGGGGUUAUCCCAAAAAUCAGGCAAAAAUGAAACUUGAAAUUAUUGUGUUUUGUUAUGGAUGUCCUCCAAUAUGUUUAAUGAACGAGCAAAUUUUUCGUUGAUUUAUAUUGUAAUUUCUUCACUUUUCUAAAAAUAGGUCUUU